AUGCUGUCGCCGCUGCCUCGGACGCCGGGACCCCGCCGGCUCUCCGACGUCGACGCCUUGCUCGGAGAUCUGCAAGACCGCAGUGUCCCGUGCGCUGUCCAGGACGAACAUGAAGAAGCACAGGCGUGCUGGCUCUUUGCUCUCGUGGGCGUGGGCUACCUCUUUCCCUUUUCCGCCCUCACGCAGCCCGUAGAUUACUGGAUGCUGCUCUUUCCCGACUAUAACAUUGAGUUCGCCCUCACAUGCACCUUUAUGGGUACAAAUCUGCUCGCCCUCGGCGUAGUUGUCGCCUUGUUGCGUCGCCCGUGGUACAAACGCCGCAUUGUUGGCGGUUUGGCGGGUCAACUGCUCGUCUUGAUGUUCGUGCCGACAUCGUCGUUCUUCCUCUCGUCCGAGACCGCCAAUGGCACCGCUGUACUCAGCGCCACAGCAGUGGCGGCCAUUGCCACGGCGUUCAUUGACAGCUCGACGAUCGCGCUCGUGUCGCACUAUCCGCGACGAGUGCAGGAGAGUUUCCAACUAGGCGUCGGCCUCAGCACUCUCAUUGGGAGCCUCUAUCGGGACGUGACCAAACUCGUCUUUCCAGCUGAACAGCUGCUACUCUCGUCGCUCAUUUACUUUUAUGUUGGAGCACUUACUAUCGCGCUGUGCAUUGGGGCCUUUUACAAGGUCAUGAAGCUCAGAAUCACACACAAGUACUUGCUGUGCAAGCUGGAAAGUAGCGAGGAGCCCACAGAGCAGUCGUCACUUGUGAAGAACGAGCAACAGUCACCAGGGAGUGACCCACUUCGUAUCUCUGGACUCGUAUCGAACAGGUGGACCAUUUUGAAGAAGGUGUGGCACUUGGAAGCGCUGAUACUAGCGGUUUAUCUUGCCAGUCUGUCAGUGUGGCCACCGCUCAUCACGGAGAUUAAAACAUACAAUUUCCCGUCGCUUCAGCACAGUGGAUGGUGGUCACUGAUCCUGCUUACGUUCUUUUCGAUCAGCGACUGCACUGGACGAUUUUUUGUGAAUUACCGCUUCGGUCUCACGCCCAGCAACGUGUGGAUCCCAGUUAUGGGACGUUUUAUCAUUGUCCCGAUCAUUGUCGGCAUCGUCAAAGAGUGGUGGCUUCAGAGCGACUUUUGGUCCCUGCUCAGUGUAUUAUUUCUCGGAUUCGGAAACGGUUACCUGGGCACACUGACGAUCAUCUUUGUGAGCGAAAGCGUUCAGCCGGAUGAGCAGCACCUGAUCGGUCCCUUUACGAGCAUUUUUCUGAACACUGGUCUCGUACUGGGAUCGAUGGUGGGUCUCAUCCUAGAGAAGCUCGUACUUGGAUAG